AUGGCCCAGUCCCCUCCUCUGCACAGCCUCCUGGGCCACGACCACUGGAUCUUGCCCCAGGGCUGGGGCUGGGCCGGCCACCCGGACUCCACGUCCCCGGCCUCCUCCUCGGACUCUUCGGGCUCGUGCCCCUGCGACGGCGCCCGCGGCCCCUCGCAGCCCGCGCUCCCGGCCCGCGGCGCCCGCUCCGCAGAGGCCGCCCCGACGGCGCCCGGACGAGGCCGCAGCGGGCCGGCCGGCGGGCAGCGGCAGAGCGCGAGCGAGCGCGAGAAGCUGCGCAUGCGCACGCUCGCCCGCGCCCUGCACGAGCUGCGCCGCUUUCUGCCGCCGUCCGUGGCGCCCGCCGGCCAGAGCCUCACCAAGAUCGAGACGCUGCGCCUGGCCAUCCGCUACAUCGGCCACCUGUCGGCCGUGCUGGGCCUCAGCGAGGAGAGCCUGCAGCGGCGGCGACGGCGGCGCAGCGGCGCGGCGGCGGCGGCGCCUCGGGGCUGCCCGCUCUGCCCCGACGGCGGCCCCGCGCAGGCGCAGACGCAGACUCAGGUGCAGGUGCAGGCGCGCGCCCCGGGCCUGGGCUCCGCCGCCGGCGCCGCCGCGUCGUGGGGGUCCCCGCCGGCCUGUCCCGGAGCACUAGCGGCGCGCGAGCGCCUGGGGAGCAGGGUGCCCGAACUGGAUCCCUGGGUUACACCCCCUUACUGCCCUGGGAUACAGUCGCCCCCGCAACUCUCCCAAGGGAGAGCCCCCGAGACGGCCCUUUGGACACCGCCCCAGGUCUGUUCCAGGAGGCAGACGUCCCCGGAACCUAGGAAGCAGGCCGUGCCCUGGACGCCGCCCCCCGCGGCCCCGGAGCUGGCUGCCGCAGUGUAUCAGGGUAUCUCGGUGUCUCCAGAGUCCUGUGUGUUGCCAGAAACCCCACCCCUCCUGUCCCGGCCAGCAUGCCAGAGACUCCAGCCUCAGACCCAGUGGGGAUGUUGGAGCCACAGUGCAGAGGUGCUCCCCAGCUCAGAGGACCAGGGACCAGGCCCUGCCUUCCAGCUCGGUGACCAAAGCCCGUCCCAGAGCUCAGGCCUGCAGCUCAGUGGCUGCCCUGAACUUUGGCAAGAAGAUUUGGGGGGGGCCCACCUGGGCGUCUUCUACCGAUAG